AUGAAUCAGGGAGUGCAGAAGAACACUUUGUACGUGGGUGGUUUAGCGGAGGAAGUGAACGAAUCCAUCCUUCACGCAGCGUUCAUACCCUUUGGAGAUAUUAAGGAUGUGAAGACACCAUUGGAUCAGGCCACGCAGAAGCACCGCUCGUUCGGGUUCGUCACUUUCCUAGAGAGAGAGGACGCCUCCGCCGCGAUGGACAAUAUGGAUGGGGCGGAGCUUUACGGCCGUGUACUCACCGUUAACUAUGCGCUACCCGAGAAAAUCAAGGGUGGUGAACAGGGAUGGGCCGCCCAGCCUAUUUGGGCGGAUGCUGAUACAUGGUUCGAAAGACAGCAGCAGGAGGAGGAAAUGCAGCGGCUUCAAGCAGAGAACCGGGCUGCAAUGCAGGAAGCUGAAGAAUUACACCGCAAGAAAAUGGCCGAAGAUCGAGAAGGUGAAAAGGAAGAAGAUGCCAAGGAUGAUCCCAUGGCCAAGGCUGAAGCAGAGGUAUUGAAACAGAAUGCUGCUUAG